AUGGAAGGGUAUUUGUUGAAAUGGGAAAAUUAUGUUUAUUUUUGGCAAAGGCGAUACUUUAUUCUACACAAAGGAGUCCUCUAUGUCAGCAAAGCUAAAGGGCUGCCAAGCAUCGGAACAAUCCAUUUAGGGGUGUCACAAAUAAUAAAAAACCAUAAAAAGCCUACAAGAUUUUAUAUUUAUUUUAAUAUAAACUAUUUUUUUUAAAAAAAAUAGGAAUUUUAUGCAAUUUAUUAGAGAAAGUAUACAUAGACACUGGCAUGAAUAAAGUCCAUCUAAAAGCUUAUUCUAUCACAGAAGCUGACGACUGAUACCGAGCUCUUCUUCAUUCUCAAUCUGAAAUAAAACAGCAGGAAUCAGAAAUCACCAUAAGGCCAAGCUUAAUUGAUUCUGACAAUUCUUCACUCCAUUAUAUAUCCACUAAGAUCGGAGAAAUGUGAAGUGUCCAUGCUCAAAUAGAAGAAACCCUUGAUUUAUUGCCGAGCAACCUUGUAAAAAAUACUCCAGGGUUAAUAAAAGCAAGCAAACUGUGUGGGGACAUUAAAAAUUUAGCGUCUGAGAUGUUAGGAAUAAUAGAAGAAGACCCAAGCCAUGUAAAAAGCUUAAAUAACACCGAUUUCGGGUCAUUUGAGAUAACAAAAGGUAACAAGCAAAGCAUUUUAUUAGCAGAAAAUCCAAAAAAUAUAAAUAUAGGUAGCGAUUUUGAGGACGCACAAAGUUCGGGAAAAUUUGAAUUGGCGAGUGACUAUCACGUAGAAUUUACCCCACGUCUGCCUCAUAGGACGUGUCUGCCUUAUCUGCGUGACCCAACCACAAAAUAUUAUAUUUGAAAAGUAAUCAAAGACUCCAUAGGUCUCGAUCUAAGCAUUAUUACAUUAUCUUACAUACUUAGAAGCCUACUGUAAUUCCUAAAAGACUAUCUCCACACGCUUCGCCAAGCCAGGAAAAAGCUGGCCUAAAAACAAAUUUUUCAAAUGCCUUUGUCCCAUCUUCAAGGCCCCUGCACACCCUGAGGAUCCCAGCUACAGGAUUUAAUAGUGUGGUUGUUUGCUACGCCAUUUUACUGUAUAUCCUCAAUCUAAGUAAAAUUGCAGUCCCCGUCUACUACAAUGAGCCAAUAAGUAUGCUGCAAAGAAUUACCGAAGAUUUAUCCUAUAACGAAAUUAUCUUAAAAGCUUGUGAUUCUGAUAAUUCUUUAUUAAGGCUAGCUUAUGUAGCUUGUUUUGCAGUCACUUCUUAUACGUCUAGUGACUACCGAAACAUGAAGCCAUUUAACCCUUUAUUAGGGGAAACUUUUGAGCUUGAAGCCGACAAUUUCCAUUUAAUCAGUGAGCAGGUUAGCCACCAUCCUCCGAUUUCAGCUUUACAUUGUGAGCACCCUAGGUAUAUUUUUUGAGGCAGCACAGAAAUAAGGAACUCUUUUAAAGGGACUUAUUUGCUUAUAAACCCUUUGUGUCCCACACAUUUGGUGCUAAAAGAAACAGGGGACCAUUUUUUUUGGACAAAGCCACAGACGAGUGCUCAUAAUAUUAUUAUAGGGAGGAUCUAUGUCCAGCAUUUUGGUAGGAUUGAGAUAAUUAAUUAUAAAACUGGAGAAAAAGCAAUUCUUGAAUUCAAAAAGGCUGGCUGGUUCGAAAAGCGAAAAACUGAAGUCACAGGCUCUGUUUAUGACACAAAUGGAACUGAAAAAUACCAGCUUAAAGGCCACUGAAAUAAAGGCAUGGAAAUUAUGAACCUUGAAACUCAAGAAGUCAUUGAAGCCUGAUCACUCCACCCUUUUCCUGAAAAUUUUGAAUGGAAUUACUAUUUCAAUGAUUUUGGGCUACAGCUAAACAUAUCCCCUGAUCUCUACCCAGCAGCUAUUGCACCUACAGAUUCCCGGUAUAGGCCAGAUCAAAGAGCCUUAGAAAGCGGAGAUUUAAAAACCGCUGGAUCUGAAAAACUGAGACUUGAAGAAAAACAAAGGGCUGCUCGACGGAAAUUAGAAGAAAGCGGAGAAAUUUAUAAGCCAAGGUGGUUUACGCUAGAAAAUGAAGAGUGGAAAUAUAUAGGAGGAUAUUGGGAAAAUAAAGAAAAAGUGCUGUUUGUAGAUGUCCCAGAUAUAUUUUAA